AUCAGUUAACAAUAAAUAAGGACAAAUUUGAUUUCUUCCUCACAGUACAGAGAGCAGAAGAUGACUAAAAGUUUAGUAUUUUUUUUGUUGGGAGGUGCUUCUUACCUUGCUGGCCGCUCCUAUGACAGGCAGGCAGAUAAGCUUGCAUCGGUCCCUCGGAUUAGGGAGUUUAAGGAUUUGGAGCCAUUGUUGAAAUCUCAGAAUAGAUUGAUGGUUGCACUUCGGGGAAACGUUGGCUCGGAAACUCCCAUGAACUGUGAAUUUAGUGAGUUACAAGGUGUAGUUGUGGAGAAAACGGUUUUAAAAUAUUUUCUGGAACGCAUCAAGAAUGAGGACAAGGACGAGAAAGAGGAUGAGAAGAAGAACAAGGACAAGGGUGAUGAAUGGAGGAAGGAUUAUGACGUCUUGCAUUCUACCAGCAAACAAGUCCCAUGGUAUUUGGAUGAUGGGACUUUUCGUGUGAAUGUGGUGGGAGCUCGAAGUGCCGAAGGCUUUUACUGCACACAUCGAUAUGCAGUUUUUGAACCAUCAAAGAGCUGGCAUGGAGUUGAGACAUUAGAUGAUCUCGAAAACCUUCCGUACAUAACGAAAGGGAAGGAGGACCGCCAGGUCCUUGGAGUCAAACGAAUUGAGCGGGUGCUUCCAAUUGGUACUUCUUUGAGUGUUAUUGGUGAGGCUGUCAAAGAUGGCAAUGGUACUAUUCGCAUUCAGAGACCAGACGGAGGAGGACCAUUUUAUGUCUCUCCAAGAACCAUUGAUCAGCUCACUGAAGGGCAGAGGGGCGAUGCAAGGGUUUUCUAUGGUGGAUCUGUCGUUCUCACUUUGCUUGGUGUUGCCGAUAUUGGUUUGCAUUUUUUGUAAACACCGCCUCGUUGAGAAAUUGCAGAGGAGAGGAAUAUAUGUCGAUGAUUGUAAUGGAUUAUACUUUUAAAAGAAUUUGAAGGCCUUAAAUUGUC